AUGCUCUUCUUCUGUGGCGGCAGAGCCGGUCUUACCCUCACCAGGCAUGGCCGGGCAAAGCGGAUCGACAGUGUGAACUCAGUUCUACCAUGGAAAGUGGGACGGCCAAAGCCCACACCACAUCUGAGGCUUUGUGCCAGCAGCCCCAGGUCUGGACAUAGACAGGGAGAAACAUGGCAGCCCACCUGCCUGGACACCACAAAGAGGAAAAGCUGCAUUCAGGGGCUCCCUGCCCCCCUCCCCAGUCCCAACGCAGCCAAGGUCCCACUCCUCCUGAGGCACUCUGGCUCUUCCUUGACCUGGUCUGCCUGUGGCAACCUCACACAUGGUUUUGGAGCUACCCUUGUCUCAGGCCCAUGUCUGCAUAAAUCAGCAGAUUCUUACAACCAGAAAACGAACAAACAGAAACAGAGACCCCCCGAGCCCCCAGGAUUGCCGAGCCUACACACCAGUUGCCCUGUGACCCAGGCAGCGAGAGACCCUUGGCCCAGACCCUCUUCCUUCUCACCUCGAAAGGCCUCUCCUGAGGCCCGUAUCAGUUGUGGCUGCUUGGAUUCUGGAGCCCCUGUUCAUAGCCCCCACCUGCCACGGGGUCUGGAUUUACAAGGGCUCCCAGCUCUGCUCCUCGUCGAAGGCGACGAACCAGUGUGCCCUUCCAGAAAGUGCAUGGUCAAAUGCCAAAGUCAAUUGCAAUGCAAAUAGCCAGAGAAAUGUACUUGAUUUACAGCCUGUGGUUUAACUGCUUUCAUGAGCCAUCAGGAAACCAGCCUUGAAAUAAUUCCUGGAGAAAGCACAGGUCAGCUGGAGACCACCAGGGCUGAUGUUGUAAGGAAGAGGAGUUUGAACUUCCAGAAGAGAAAAUAAAGCCUGAUGUGGAACAAGUUGCUCAAAGAGCCCAUGUUAGAGGACACUAGACACUUCACUGGAGGAGUGUCUCCCUGGAAGGGCCAUGUCAGUUGUGUGAGCAGAUGGCAUUUCUUUACCACCUGAUGGGCCAGAGCCAUCAGGCAGGUCUGCCUACCCUCUGUCCCCAUAUUAGGGCCAUCCCAGUGCUGCAGGGUCUCCUCAGCAAAUUGUCACGUUACUCAGAAUGACGUUGAUAUGUCUGCCUAUGAUAUGGCACCUGGUGGGUACUUUCCCUUGUAAAGGUCUUUCUUAAUGGCUGUCUAGGUUGGCCCUGUAAUCUUGUCAGGCAGAGGCAGGGGCAGCACUCCCACUUUCCUCUGACAGAGGCUGGGGAGGCUGAGGAGUUGGCCUAGGUGUGUACAAGUGAGCAGCGGGGGGUGGGGUUGGCCUCCUGUACUCUGCUUUCCGCCAGCUCUGGCCUCCCUGGGGGGCCUGAUGCCCAAGGCCCUAUGAGUCACCUGAACUUGCCUGCUGGAGCCAUGCAUUCAUAAUCUGCUUCUGAGCACCUCCAGGUGAGCCUUCCAAGCUGGCCUUUCAAAAAGCAAUCUCCACCUGUCCCCGGGGGAAAGUUCAGGAAGCCUCUCCAUUAAGACCCUGCAGUCCUGCUCCCGGUCUCCACCACAUGGAGGGUGAGGGGCUUUGAUGACUGGCUGCAGGAGUGCUGGCUUGGUUUCCCAAGACUUUCUCUGGUGGAAAGACUUCCAGGGGCUCCCUACACAGCCUCCCAUCCUCUGAAAUCCUGCAGAGGGUCCUGAUUUGAACCUAUUUCAGAGGCUUAUAAAGACUUCUUCCCCAAAGCCAGAGUUGUCACUUACUACACACAAAGUAUUCUUUUAGAAAACACAGAAUAUUUCUGAAAAGUUUCAGUAUAUCCUUGAAUGCCUCACACCAUGGUCAUUCCCAGAAUAAAAGGAAAGCAGUAAAGUCCUAACAGUUUGAUUUCAAAAACUGCACAAAACAGGCAUAGGACUCAAACUGACGCUCUGCCAAAUGUGAGGCGUACCUCACUGAGGGAUCGAGUCUCAGGGCCAGCGCUGGCCCAGGGACAGCAGAGCCCAGGAUUAGCGAAUCCAUCACAGGAAAUGACUUGGACUCUGCAGAGAAUCAUCAAGGUCCCUGGGUAGCCUGGCCACUCGCCGGUUGGGAGGAUCUCACCAUGCCCAGGAGCCCCAGGCAGAGAGGGCAGUCUUUUCUGUCUGCUCUGGGAGCCUCCACUGUGGCUCCCAUCAGUCUCUCUCUCUCUCUCUCUCUCUCUCUCGUUUUUUCCAA